AUGGCAUCUGACGAGCUGAAAGACAACCAAGAAAUUCUCCUUGAUAUGGGAGGAAAAAAGGUCCCCUUCAGCAAGAUCAACAAACCCCACAAUGUUGUUGUUGGCGGCGCGAACAAGCCCAUCCCGAACUUGGAGAACUUCCCUUCCUUGGAGCCAUGGGCCCAGGAUCAACAAGACAAGAAAUCUGACAACGAGCAAGAAAAACCCGAGAAAACGGAUUCGUGA